UCCCGCCCUCCAGGAUGCUGAGGCAGGGCUGUCUGGAGGCUUCAGGCUCUGUGGAAGCCAUAUCUACGGCUCACCGUGGCUGGGGAUGCUGAGCAGAUGAAGCCUGGUCCUUUCUUGGGGAAUUGUUUGGUUGUGCCUGAAGCCCGCUUUCUUUUUGGGUGCUGCAAGGUAAUUAAAUAAUCACCUUUACGACCAAGCAACUGCAGCUCCAUCCACAAUGUCCCGGAACUUGGGCUGGACGCAGAUGAACCCAGUCUUGAUUUGGGAGUUCCAGUACGGCUCACAGCACUGUGGUCAGGAGAUGGUCUUUCUUGACAUCUGGACCCAAGAGGCUGCUCUUGUGGCAAGAAGGGGAGAAGAGGGCUUGUUUCUAUCUGGCUCAGCCCCUAGGGCUCCACAUCCUCUGUUAAAUGAGGGGCUUGGGUUUCCUUCACCCCCUAGGGCUGAAUGUCUGGCUGCCCAGCCAUUGCUCAGACCAGCUUUCCAGAACUUGGUCACCCAAGGCAUCAUGGGGCUGUGGCUUCCAGGCCUGUCCGGGAACCCUAUGGACUCUGCCCAUCCAGGGUGAGGAGGAGCUGCAUUGUGGAUGCCUCCUGCCAUCAGCUGUCAGGUUAUUUUGGUGUAAACUGAAAAUACUCCAGGAAUUGUGUGUUGAGUCUCUCCAGCCUGCAGGGUGGGACUGCAGCAGGAGCAGGCAGGGAGGCUGACUGUGGCUGAGGGCAGUCUCUGGAAAAGGAGUGUUCCCAGUGGUGAGCCCGCCUGUGCAGCUCUCCGGGGCCCGGGUGAGAUGGGGAGCUUCAUUUUGCCGUCCAGCAGAGUGGCCUCCUUUGGGGCUGGGCCCUGGGAGUGGUGGGGGCAUCCGGGGCCGUGUAGGCAGGCGCUCUGCUCAACAAGCUUGGCACUGAGGCGGGACACCUCUGGCAGCCCCACGGGGACCUUCCCCAGCUUCUCCCCACCCCAGGGGCUUGGCUUCUGGCUAGCCAGGGGCCCUAUGUGGGGACAGUUAUGUGGCCCCAGGCAGAGAGGUCCUGCUGUCUGUUUGCUGAAGGAGGAAAAACAACACUCGGACUAUUGAUUCAGCUUCACCUUGGCGCUCCUGGCUCAGCAGCUAGUGUUUGCCCUGGCUGCCCGGGCUCAGAUUACGCAAGGCUGGUGGGUGUGGAGCGACCGAGGGGGCUGCUGGAGGCCUGCAGGCCAGGACUGGGUGGCCCCAGCGUUUCCCAGGAAACUGUAUAAAAAAAGAGCCUGAGCCCCUGACUUUGCUGAUGGUCUGGGCCAAAGAGGGAGGGUGAAGCCACUGCGAUCCCCCCUCCCCGUGCUCAGCCCCCAAAGCCCCCAUCCCACCUUAGGUUACCCACUCUUUCUUGCCAGGGGCUGUGGGUCUUUGCAGGUAACUCCCUAUGGCUGGUUCUGCUUUGCUGAACUAGGAAGCCCUAGCGAGCUGUGUAGACACCGCCCAUUAAAAAACUUUAAAAAGCCAACAUUUUAUUCCUUUAUAAAAUAUACCUGGGUAAUUUGGAAAAUAUACAUGACACAAAAGAAAAUAACAAUUACUCAUAAUUCUCACCACCUUGAGAGAACCACUGUUAGCAUGUGUCCUUCCAGAUUAUGUUUUGUGGUUUUAUAUAAAUAUACACGUAUAAAUAGUUUUUUAAAAACAAAACGGGAUUAUAGGUACCUACUGCUUCAUAACCCACUUUUUUUUUUUUUUUUUUUUACGGUACGCGGGCCUCUCACCGUUGUGGUCUCUCCCGUUGCGGAGCACAGGCUCCGGACACGCAGGCUCAGCGGCCAUGGCUCGCGGGCCCAGCCGCUCUGCGGCAUGUGGGAUCCUCCCAGACCGGGGCACAAACCCACGUCCCCUGCAUCGGCAGGCGGACUCUCAACCACUGCGCCACCAGGGAAGCCCUGUAACCCACUUUUUAAAAAAUAAUUAAUUAAUUAAUUUUUGUCUGCAUUGGGUCUUCAUUGCUGUGCGCGGGCUUUCUCUAGUUGUGGCGAGCGGGGGCUCCUCUUCGUUGUGGUGCGAGGACUUCUCAUUACGGUGGCUUCUCUUGUUGUGGAACCUGGGCUCUAGGAGUGCAAGCUUCAGUAGUUGUGGCACGAGGGCUUAGUAGUUGUGGCCCACGGGCUUAGUUGCUCUGCGGCAUGUGGGAUCUUACCUGACGAGGGCUCAAACUCUUGUCCCCUGCAGUGGCAGGAGGGUUUUUUUUUUUUUUUUUUUGCGGUACACGGGCCUCUCACUGUUGUGGCCGCUCCCGUUGCAGAGCACAGGCUCCAGAUGCGCAGCCUCAGCGGCCAUGGCUCACGGGCCUAGCCGCUCCACGGCAUGUGGGAUCUUCCCGGACCGGGGCACGAACCCGUGUCCCCUGCAUCGGCAGGCGGACUCUCAACCACUGUGCCACCAGGGAAGUCCCUAUAACCCACCUUUUUAAAAAAAUAAUAAAAAUAAUUAAUUAAUUUAUAUUUGGCUGCAUUGGGUCUUUGUUGCUGCGCACGGGCUUUCUCUAGUUGAGGCGAGCAGGGGCUACUCUUCGUUGCGGUGUGCGGGAUUCUCAUUGCGGUGGCUUCUCUUGUUGCAGAGCACGGGCUCUAGGCACAUGGGCCGCAGUAGUUGUGACACGCGGGCUCAGUAGUUAUGGUUCACGGGCUCUAGAGCGCAGGCUCAGUAGUUGUGGCACACGGGCUUAGUUGCUCCGCGGCAUCUUCCCAGACCAGGGCUCGAACCCGUAUCCCCUGCAUUGGCAGGCGGAUUCUUAACACUGCGCCACCAGGGAAGUCCCUAACCCACCUUUUUGACUUUAAUUCUGGCAAGCAUUUAUUCAGUUGUUGCUUCUUGUUUUGAGGGACUCAAGUCUUGGUCCUCUUCAUCCCGCUUCCGUAUUCUUACGUGUGGAGGCGGUCCUUCUGUCCAUCUAUCCGGCUCACCUUGGGGGCCUGGAUUUUCACCCCUCCCCGCCAGAGCCCCUUUCAGGCCUGGAGUGAGCCGUGGGGUGGGAAGGCAGCUUUAGUGUGUGGCUGGGGAGCGACUGACUCUCCCUCUUCUCCUCCCUUGUUCCUCUCAGAGCCGGCAGCCCUCAUCCUCCCCGCGCAGUCCCGCCCAUCUUGGUCCCAUGCCCCCGCCAGUCAGCCCCGGGCCACAGGCAGUGAGCAGGCACGCGGGAGCCGAGACCCUGUGACCAGGCCAAGGAGACGGGGGCUCCGGGGUCCCGGCCACCUGUCCCCCCCAUGGAGCUGAGGCCCUGGUUGCUAUGGGUGGUAGCAGCAGCAGGAGCCUUGGUCCUGCUGGCGGCCGAUGCCCGUGGCCAGAAUGUCUUCACCAAUACCUGGGCCGUGCGUAUUCCUGGAGGCCCAGCCGUGGCUGACAGUGUGGCACGCAAGCAUGGCUUCCUCAACCUGGGCCAGAUCUUCGGCGACUAUUACCACUUCUGGCAUCGAGCGGUGACAAAGCGAUCCCUGUCACCUCACCGCCCGCGGCACAGCCGGCUGCAGCGGGAACCUCAAGUACAGUGGCUGGAGCAGCAGGUGGCAAAGCAACGGACCAAACGGGACGUGUACCAGGAGCCCACGGACCCCAAGUUUCCCCAGCAGUGGUACCUGUCUGGUGUCACCCAGCGGGACCUGAACGUGAAGGAGGCCUGGGCCCAGGGCUACACGGGGCGUGGCAUCGUGGUCUCCAUUCUGGACGAUGGCAUCGAGAAGAACCACCCGGACUUGGCAGGCAAUUAUGAUCCUGGGGCCAGCUUCGAUGUCAAUGACCAGGACCCUGACCCCCAGCCUCGGUACACGCAGAUGAAUGACAACAGGCAUGGUACACGGUGUGCAGGCGAGGUGGCCGCAGUGGCCAACAACGGUGUCUGUGGCGUAGGCGUGGCCUACAAUGCCCGUAUUGGAGGGGUGCGCAUGCUGGACGGUGAAGUGACAGAUGCGGUAGAGGCACGCUCGCUGGGCCUGAAUCCCAACCACAUCCACAUCUACAGCGCCAGUUGGGGCCCCGAGGACGACGGCAAGACCGUGGAUGGGCCAGCCCGCCUUGCUGAGGAGGCCUUCUUCCGGGGGGUCAGCCAGGGCCGUGGGGGGCUGGGCUCCAUCUUUGUCUGGGCCUCUGGGAACGGGGGCCGGGAACAUGACAGCUGCAACUGCGACGGCUACACCAACAGCAUCUACACGCUGUCCAUCAGCAGCGCCACGCAGUCCGGCAACGUGCCCUGGUACAGUGAGGCCUGCUCGUCCACGCUGGCCACAACCUACAGCAGUGGAAACCAGAACGAGAAGCAGAUCGUGACCACUGAUCUGCGGCAGAAGUGUACGGAGUCUCACACAGGCACCUCUGCCUCUGCCCCCUUGGCAGCGGGCAUCAUCGCUCUCACCCUGGAGGCCAAUAAGAACCUCACCUGGCGGGACAUGCAGCACCUGGUGGUACAGACCUCAAAGCCAGCCCACCUCAAUGCUAACGACUGGGCCACCAAUGGUGUGGGCCGCAAAGUGAGCCAUUCGUAUGGCUACGGGUUACUGGACGCAGGUGCCAUGGUGGCUCUGGCCCAGAACUGGACGACGGUGACCCCCCAGCGGAAGUGCAUCAUCGACAUCCUCACUGAGCCCAAGGACAUCGGGAAGCGGCUGGAGGUGCGGAAGACUGUGACCGCCUGUGUGGGGGAGCCCAGCCACAUCACGCGGCUGGAACACACUCAGGCGCGGCUCACCCUGUCCUACAACCGCCGCGGUGACCUGGCCAUCCACCUGGUCAGCCCCAUGGGCACCCGCUCCACCCUGCUGGCCGCCAGGCCGCACGACUACUCUGCAGACGGGUUUAACGACUGGGCCUUCAUGACGACCCAUUCCUGGGACGAGGACCCCUCUGGCGAGUGGGUCCUGGAGAUAGAAAACACCAGUGAAGCAAAUAACUAUGGGACACUGACCAAGUUCACCCUCGUGCUGUACGGCACGGCCCCCGAGGGGCUGCCCACACCUCCUGAGAGCAUCGGCUGCAAGACCCUCACGUCCAGCCAGGCCUGUGUGGUGUGCGAGGAAGGCUUCUCCCUGCACCAGAAGAGCUGUGUCCAGCGCUGCCCUCCAGGCUUCACUCCCCAAGUCCUCGACACGCACUACAGCACCGAGAACAACGUGGAGAUCAUCCGGGCCAGCGUCUGUGCCCCCUGCCACGCCUCGUGUGCCACGUGCCAGGGGCCAGCCCCCACAGACUGCCUCAGCUGCCCCAGCCACGCCUCCCUGGACCCUGUGGAGCAGACGUGCUCCCGGCAAAGCCAGAGCAGCCGAGAGUCGCCACAGCCGCAGCAGCCGCCGCCCACAGAGGUGGAGGCAGAGCCGCGGCUGCGGGAGGGGCUGCUGCCCUCACACCUGCCCGAGGUGGUGGCCGGCCUCAGCUGCGCCUUCAUCGUGCUGGUCUUCGUCACUGUCUUCCUGGUCCUGCAGCUGCGCUCGGGCUUCAGCUUCCGAGGGGUGAAGGUGUACACCAUGGACCGUGGCCUCAUCUCCUACAAGGGGCUGCCCCCCGAAGCCUGGCAGGAGGAGUGCCCGUCCGACUCAGAAGAGGACGAGGGCCGGGGCGAGAGGACCGCCUUUAUUAAAGACCAGAGCGCCCUUUGACGAGCGCCUACUGCCCGCCCCUUCGAGCCCAUCCCCUCCUGGGGCACUUUUUAAUUCACCAAAGUAUUUUUUUAUCUUGCGACUGGGUUUGGACCCCAGCUGGGAGGCAAGAGAGGCAGAGACGGCUUCCCACCCUACCCUUGGGCCCCCCGGCUGCCUGAGGUGGGACCCCAGGACCAGCUGGGGAGCAGGGGAGGGCCUCUGCCCACCCCCAGCACGCCUGUGUGUGGAGAAAGGAGUGAAACCUUUAGGGCAGCUUUCCAAGGUCCAGGCCCCAGCCAGAGUUCCCUGCGGAGUGAAGAGGGGCAGCCCUUCCCUUAUGGGAUUCCUGACUCGGGCUGCAGUUCUCGCCCCUUCCCUGUCCCUCUAAAGCAAUAAUGGUCCCCAUCCAGGCAGCAGGGAGGCUGGCCUAGGGGGUAUUUGAAGGAGGAGGCCACCUCUCUAAGGGCUUUUGCAUCCCUGACCCCGUCCCCCACCUCUGGUGAGCCUCGGGCGGAAGCAGUAAGCAAAGGAAGGGACCAAGGCAAGGCAGGCACUUCCAGGGUGCACACGUGUGUGCACACGUGUGUGUGUCCCUUUGCCCACCUCCACUACAGCUGGCUGCCUGCUGAGCGAGGCUGGCCCAGCCCCGUGCUGGUGUGCUGACCACCCUUCCCUCUCUGGCACCCUUUCCUCCUGCCAGGGCCCAAGUCCCUGUUUUCUGAGCCCGGGGCUGCCUGGGCUGUUGGCACUCACAGUCCCGGAGCCCCUGGGUGGGUGGUGGGGAGGGACGGUGGCCCAGCCGGCCUCUCCCGCCUCCCACCCGAUGCUGCUUUCCCCUGUGGGGAUCUCAGGGGCUGUUUGAGGAUAUAUUUUCACUUUGUGAUUAUUUCACUUUAGAUGCUGAUUUUUUUUUUUUUUUUGGUAUUUUUAAUGGGGGUAGCAGCUGGACCAUCCACCUUCCCACACCCACUGUCCACCCUGCUGUUCCCCCCGGCUGCCCUGGCCCUGAGGUGUGGGGGUCUGCAGCGUGUUGCUGAGGAGUAGCUGAGCCCCGGGUUCUGAAGAGGCAGGCCAGGCCAGGCGGGCCCUAGGAAAGGAGGAGUACGAUAGAAGGGGCAGGCUGUCGUCCAUUUCAGAUGGGGCUCCUCGUGCCAAGGGCUCAUGGGUCAGUGGUUCUCCAAGUGCCAGGGGUGGGCAGGCAGUGGCACUGAGCCCCCUCCAACACUGUGCCCUGGUGGAGAAAGCACUGACCUGUCCUGCCCCCCAAGGCCCCCUCUUCUGACGUGCCUUUUGUACCCCUCCCAUUAGGACAAUCAGUCCCCUCCUGUUUGGGAGCCCCCUUUUUCUCUCCCCUAGCCCCUCCUGACACCCAGCCACCUGCCCAGGGGCACCCCCGCCUCUCCCACCCCCCCCACCCUUGUGGCCAGCCCAGCUGGUUUUGUAAGAUACUGGGUUGGUACACAGUGAUUUUUUUUUUUUUUCUUGUAAUUUAAACAGGCCCAGCAUUGUUGGUUCUAUUUAAUGGACACGAGGUAAUGUUAGAGGUUUUAAAGUGAUUAAACGUGCAGACUAUGCAAACCAGG